GCAUCCUUCAGUCUCCUCCUUGUGUGGCCAGUUUAAUUUUAGAAUACGACCGUUACAUACAACAGAUGUAUCUUUAAAAUUUCCCCUUUCUUUCGCGAGAAGCUGAGGUAUCUGCUCAAAUAAAUGAAUAAAUAAGAUGGGCAUUAAACUAUUGGUACUUGGUUGACAAGGGACAUCAUAUUUUUUUGUGCGACAUGGUCCAACGAUUGGUUAUGGAAGGGAAUCUAAGGCUAAGCCAUGCUGGGAUGCUUUUGAUGUUCCCAUUUCAACAACUUUAAGCAACUUCUACAUAUGAGAACUUGAUUAAUAUGUACUGUUACAUAGUUUUAAAAGCAGUGGCCAGUUGGCCUGCAAUAUAAUAUUCCCUCCUCCAUGAUGUACAUCUUACCGAACUCCAGAGGACCUGAUUCUUUCUAGCCUAUAAAUAAAUUCAUCCUUGCCUCUCCUACCCAUGGGGAUCAUCAUGUAUCUCUCAUUUGUUGUGAUCUUAUCCUUACUUCUUGCUAUAUCUCUUAUGAAAUUUGCUUACUCAAUAUUAUGGGUGCCAUACAAAAUUCAAGCCCACUUCCAGAAACAAGGAAUCCGCGGCCCUGGCUACCGGCCAAUGUUCGGGAAUGUGGCAGAGAUGCGCCGCCUGACGGCAGUGGCUCAGUCGAGGCGAAUGUCAUUAUUUGAUCACAACAUCCUCCAUCGAGUGCUACCAUUUCACCACAGGUGGUCUUGCGAUUAUGGGGAGACGUUACUGUACUGGUUUGGUACAACACCAAAAUUGGCGAUAGCUGAGGCAGGCUUGAUUAAGGAGAUUCUUAUGGAUACGAGCGGGUUAUUUGAGAAGGCUGGUAUAGAACCCAUAGCUAAGCAGCUCUUGGGAGACGGACUUGCUGCGCUUACUGGUGAGAAAUGGGCUCUUCACAGGAGAAUCACUAGUCUCGCCCUAAACAUGAAGCAAGUUAAGAGAUGGGUGCCAAAAAUUGUAGCUAGUACAUUGAAAAUGCUGGAAAAUUGGGAAGAACAAAGACAAGGAAAAGACGAAUUCGAAGUGGAAGUGCAUAAAGAACUUCAUAAUCUGUCAGCGGAUGUCAUUUCCAGGACAAUUUUUGGGAGCAGCUAUGAAGAGGGAAAGCAUAUAUUUAGUUUACAAGAAAAGCAAAUGCGUCUUGUCUCUCGGGCUCGCCAAAAUGUUUACAUACCAGGGUUCAGGUUUUUGCCUACCAAGAUGAACAAAGAGAGGUGGAGAGUGGAGAAGGAAAUUCGUGCAUCCAUUCGGGAAUUGAUCGAGACUAACAGCAGAAUAGGAGAGAACUCAACAAAUUUACUUAGCCUGUUAACAUGUCCUCACAAGAAUCGUGAUGGUAAAGAUGAGAAAUUAGAGGUUGAGGAAGUUGUUGAUGAAUGCAUGACGUUUUAUUUUGCAGGAAAAGAAACAAGCGCUAAUACUUUGACUUGGGCACUUCUCCUUUUAUCAAUGCAUCAAGAUUGGCAAAUCAAAGCCAGGGAAGAAGUAGUUCGAGUUUGCAGAGAGAAAGAGCUUCCUACUGCAGAUAUGCUUGGUGAACUUAAGAUUCAGAUAAGCAUGAUAUUAAAUGAAACACUUCGACUCUACACUCCAGUUGUUGGGUUGACCAGGCAAGCAAGGAAAGACAUUAAGCUAGGGAAACUAGAAAUUCCUGCAGGAACAGAACUUUUUUUGGCCUUAAGCAAGGCUCAUCGGGAUACUGGGAUAUGGGGUGUAGAUGCUGAUGAUUUCAAUCCUCAGAGAUUCAUCGAAGCUCGAAAACAAUCGGCCAUGUUUUUCCCAUGGAGUUUAGGCCCUAGAAUAUGUGUGGGACAGAGUUUAGCCAUGGCUGAAAUGAAAAUUGUUCUAACCAUGAUCAUUCGCCAAUUCUCUUUUGUGGUAUCACCAACAUAUGUUCAUGCUCCAAUUAAUUUCCUGACUGUACUGCCUCAAUAUGGCGCACCAAUUCUCUUCAGGAAAGUCUCUAACUGAUGAUUUGCUGAGUUUUGUUUGGAAUCCUUGUUUUGUAUGCUGGAAAUGAAAAUUUGUCAUUUUAAAAUUGCAUAUUUGGCAGUAGUGAAAGGUUUAAAGGCAAAUUAUGCCUUAAUUUCAAAUUAGUUUGAGUCGGCUAUA